AAAAAAAGAAGUUUCUUUACUAAGGAAAAUGUAAUACUCAUCCCGUUCGGCCGUUCCCCUACGGGAGGAUCCGGGACGGAAGAGGGGACUCCGCAGCCAUGCCGAUCUGCGCCAACUCCCCGGACUCAUCCUCGUCGUCGUCGUCGGGAUCCAGGGUGUGGAUUACCCAUCUCGCCGUUCUUGGCGUAGCGAUUGCGGCCUCAGCCGGUGUGCAUUUCUUUCUACGACGCCGUUCCGGCAAGUUCCGGAGCAGAGUGGUCGGGAUCAUUCCUGCUCGGUUUGCCUCCUCCCGCUUCGAGGGGAAGCCCCUUGCUCUAAGCCUCGAGGACAUGGGAGAGAGAAAACCUGGCCUCACCUUUGGAGGAUGUUGUUGUUGCUACAGAUGAUGAGAAGAUUGCAGACUGUUGUAGAGGAUUUGGUGCUGAUGUAGUAAUCACAUCAGUAGAGUGCAGGAAUGGUAGAAAAGUUUUCUUUGUUUAUUGUAACCCCUAGGUUCUGAAUUAGAUAACGUGAAAUCUGGCAUUUAUAGGGACUGAACGGCAGCAUGACAAUCUCUUUGGCAUCAGUUGAGCCCCAAACAAAUACACAACAAGAAUAUCCAACACAACAAAGGAAAAAAUAUUUACUUCACAAACAAAUAUGAAUAAAUAAAUAGUUAUAAGAUCCCUAACAUAAUUUGCAACAUAAAAGAAUAUUAACAAGUAAAAGAGCUUAUUGUUGAUUGCUUGUGUGUUUUUUUUUUUUUUUUUUUUUGGGGGGGGGGGGGGGGGGGGGGGUUUAUGAUGCACAUAAUUUACUACUCGAAGAAAUUUAACUUCCUCAGAUUUCUGAUAAAGAGGCGAAAGUGCAACUAUACUAUUCUGAUUUUUCAAUGUUCAAAGGAAUGCAGGUUCACAUCAUAAGAUGUCUUGUUAUUCUCAUUUUUGUUGCUCUUAUCUGCUUUAAUGUUCUCUGUUAUGACUUGCUAUUGCAUUGGUUAUGAAUUUUUUUCAUGAUCAUGAUCCAGUGCCUUUUUUUUCCUCCUUGGUUAUGCAUUUUAACAUGAUCCAAUGUUGUUCUCUCCUUUUCAUUGGAGCAUAUGUCAUGCUGUAGGGAGCUCCUGAUGCUGUUUUCAGUACUGCUGUUACAUCCUUAAAACCUGAAGAUGGACUUGACCCUAAUCAGGUAAAGUGUGUGGUUGACAACCAAGGAUAUGCAAUCUACUUCUCAAGGGGUUUGAUCCCAUUUAACAAGUUAGUUUUUUCUUAAUCUUCCUAUAACAUAAUCCAUGGAUUACUUUGGGAUAUUCAUCAGCAUAGCAUAUUCAUCAUAAAAUCCAGGUCAGUGAAAGUCAAUUCACAAUUUCCAUAUCUACUUCACUUGGGCAUUCAGGUUUAACUACAUCACUCUUGUUGAUAUCUUUAUUUUCUCUAGUAUUUAUGUUUAAUUGUUCAAUGUUGUUAUUUUUGUUUAAAUCUUGCUAACUGGUUAAUGCUUAUCCUCCUCCUACACUUGUGCUCAUUUUUUCAUUUUUUUUUUCCUUUUUUUUAGCCAGAGUGUUGAUUCAAAGUUCUUGAAGAUCUAUCCACAGAUACCACCUACUCUUUUGCAAUUGGAGGUGGACCUUGAGCAACUUAAAGUCCUUGAAAAUGGGUAAUGAAGGUACAUCACGACUCCCAUGGUGUGGACACCCCUGAGGAUGUUCAAAAGAUAGAAGCACUGAUGAGAGAAAGAAACAUGGUAUGAUGCUGAAGUGAGAUACACGAUCCAUAUGACCAGACGAUUGAGCCUAGCUAUCACCAGACGGCAUUUUAUAAAAAUACCUACUCCAAAAAUACCUACUUUGGCUAGCUCAUCUUUCACUGAUGAACAUCAUGCUUCUGCGAGUGGUUAUGUUGUUUGCCUUCAUUCAGUUCAUGUGACAAUGAACUGAAUGAAGGUUAUGCUUCUGAGAGUGCAGGCCAGGAUAAAGCAAAUCAAUAGGUUCUAGCAAGUUGAUUAAGUUCAAUGUCCAGAAUAGCCUAAAAAGCUAGUUGGAUUGGUUAAUCAUCAGUCUAACUUAAGUUAAGAGAAUAAUUUUUUGUGAACAUCAUAUAAGUAUAUUUUUAAUAAAUUUUAAUAUUAUAUUUAAAUAAAGUUUCGAUAA